CUAUCUCGCUUGGAACACAUCAGCUAGAGUCAGUCGCUCAGGGAAUGAUCAGCUGUUACCUGGCUACUGUUCAUAUAACUCUACUGUUACUCCUUCAAGAUGGCCAAGAACAACCUCAGAGACAAACUUGAUGGCAAUGAGCUUGACCUGAGUAUGAUGAGCUUAGUGGAGGUGCCAGUCAAGGAGAUAGCGGCACUGCCAAGAGCCACAAAGAUCGACUUGUCCAACAACCAACUGUCAUCCUUGCCGUCCAACUUUGCCCAGACUUUAGGCAACAUCACUCACUUGGAAUUGGGGUCAAAUAAAUUAAAAGAUCUCCCAACAAAUUUCUAUAAGCUGCAAAACUUGAAACACCUUGAUCUCUACAAUAACCAGCUGACAGAUUUGCCUCUGUCAUUCUGCCAACUGCGUAGCCUGAAGUGGUUGGACCUGAAGGGCAACCCCCUUAAUCCAUCUCUGAGAAAGAUAGCUGGAGACUGCCUCAACCAGAAGGAGUGUGAGGCAGCAGCACGCAAUAUAAUUGCACACCUGAAAAAACUACAAAAUCAAAUGGAGAAUGAGAAACAAGAAAAAUUAAAAAAAGAGAAAGAAAAGGAAGAUGCAAAAGCUCGUGCUGAAGAAGAAAAGCAAGCCAAGAAACGGGCAGAAAAGAAAGCUGCCAGAGAGAAGAGGAAAGCAGAACUGCGAGCUGUGCAGGAGUCUCAGAAGACUGCAGUUAAUGGAACAGCUGGCAUAGAGAAACAGUACAGUGCUGUGCCAAAACCUGCUCCACCAGCCCUCAAACAUAAGAAAUCUAAGUCAGGCGGCUUAUCAUUCCUGGCGUGGAUUAACAUACUGAUGCUCGUGUGUCUUCUGGGAGUCACAGUUGCUGGUCUGUAUGUCUACACUGAUGGUGAUCUCACGCCCAAUGGCAUCUCUGCUGCCUUACCACGCAUUGUAGAAAAUGCCAGUAUUCUUAUAAGUCUCACUACUGAAGCACUCCAUCCAGAAAACUUAACGCGAACUGCUAAUUCGGUGGUAGACUCUACAUCUGCUGCAUGGACUUCACUACAAGAGCUUAGUGGGGAUAUAAGUAUUCACAUGACACCGUUUGUUGAGAAGGUUAAAGCAGGGUUCUUUGAGUUGAUAGAGUUUGUCCUGUGCUGUUAUGAUUGGAUUGUGAAAAAUGUUGACUGGGAUUCAGUAUAUGCAGCAUUUACAACCACAGUCAAGUUCUUCUAUGAACAGUGGCUGGUGAUCUGUGAAGAAUUAAGCAAAAACGAGGCACUGAUGGCAGUUUGGGCCCCCAUUCGGACUCGCACUGCAUUUAUAGUGGAGUACUUUGAGGUUGUGUUUGCAAUUAUAUGGGGGUAUGUAAGCUUUGGUAUUGAAUAUAUACAAGAAGAAGGUCCUGGUAUAUUGUCAGUGGUGAAGGAACAAAGUGCUGCUGCCUUCCACUCUGCCAAACAGUCUAUUGAGGGUCUCGUCAAUUAAGCCACACUGAUUGUUAAGUGCUGUUUAAAAAAAAUUAUCAUUUUGGUUAUUGUUAAAUCCCUGUGAUGUUGAAUAUAUAUAAAAAGGGUGAAAUUCCCUGUAAUUUCGUUUUGCCAAGGUGCUCCAUUUAUUUUUUUUUGUAUUAAAGUGAUGUGGUAUGGUAUCCAUGAGGUGGACUGUGCGAUUUUACAAAUAUGGGACAGCUUUAAUGUAACUCAUGAAUGAUUGUUCUGUGGAGAAGGUUCGAGUAACUCAGUCACAGCUACUAGGGAUACUUCAUUCCACGACGCGAUAAUUUCUAUCUAGACGUUAAAUUAUUUAUAUGAAUAUGAAUUAUUAUACUAGAACAUCCUUGGAGAACACCAUGAAAUUGUGUACUGUGCCAUGAGUUGCCAAACUUAUGUACUGGUUCAUUAUUAUGAUGUUUGAAAUUUAGUGUCUAAACCUUAAAUACCACCAUUCAAUUAUGUAAUAUGCUGUACAGUAUAUUGAAUUAAGGUGCUGGUUCAUCAUCAUUAAGUUUGUGUGAAAACUUACUGUCAUGAAACCUUAAACUGGAUCUAAUACAUCGGUUCACAAAACUCCUUGAAGGUAAGCUAUGAUUAAGGUGACCAAAUUUUUUUUUGCAUCUUUUGUGCUGCAAUCUUUAAAUUUUCUUUGACCUCUCGAUUGUUGUUCGAGAAUUUGUUUAUAAGGAAAAAUCAUUUGGUCAAGGCUUUUUUGUUGAGUGUUGCAUAUUUGUAUAUUAUGCAUAAACUAAGCAUGGUUAUUUUAUUUGAUUUAAUCAAUUUACUACCCACAACUGUGAUGAUAAUUGUGAGCUCAUUCAUGGCACCGAGUGUGAGCUCAUUCAAGAUCAGGCUUUACCAACAAUGGCAUAGGUUCAGAUAAUUCUGGAGCUAGUUCAUGCCCAGUACUUGCCAGGUGUGGCAAGUGGUGAGGAGGAUAAAGUAAAGUAAAAUAAGUACAAUUAUUAUAUUAAACUGAAAAAGCCACUAUAUUACAGAUGAACUUGAUAUUCAACUUUAAAUGAGAUUCGAGAUAUUUACUAUUUAUUUUCCCUGAAGAUGGUGCCGAUGGUUUUUGUUCCGAGAAUUUCAGUGUUGCAAAAAUAGAGAAUUAUUUGCCAUUUUUAUUCGGUAAUGAUAUCGAUGCCUAAAAUGUUAACACUUGGAUUUUUUGGAGGUUUAGGGUCUCGGUUUGUGUAGUACCUGUUUUACAUCUAAUAAACGUCCUUUGAGUAUACAA